AUGACGGUCCGCGACGGCACCGCGCGGUCACCGUCGCGGUGGCGGCGCCUGCUCUCGCCCGCCUUGCAUGUCCAGUGCAUGCGGGCAGCGUGGGUGCUCCUCGUCUUCUACUACGAGCGCGUCGUCUUCGACCAAGCCGCCACCACCCAUUGCCCGUGGCCCCGGAUCGAGGCGGAAGCCAGCGCCACCGGCAGCUUUGACAUUCUCGUCGUCACCGAUCCCCAGAUCAUCGACGCCUUCACCUACCCGGACCUCCCCUUGCCUCGCGUCCUCUUCCCGAUUGUCCGCCACUUUUCAGACCGCUAUCUCAGAAACGCCUGGCGCAGCUUGAUCCUCGAUCCGUCCCGUUGGGCCAAGGACGAGCGGCCUGCCUCGCCAGUAACCCCGCGGUCGAGGCGGACGUCGAGACCUCGGCUUCCGGAUGCCGUUGUCUGGAUGGGCGACCUAACCGACGGUGGCCGACGGGAAAUGGAUCGCCAACAGUGGGGUCGUCUCCACGACCGUUUCGACUCCAUGUUUGCGUUGCCCCGUCUGGAACCCGUGGACACGGCCUCGAGUGUCGACGGCGAGCGCCUGGUGCUCACCCGACGUCAGGCGGCGAGGGACGCGCUGCCGGUCUUCUACAUGGCCGGCAAUCACGACAUCGGCCUGCCGAAAGCGCCCGGUCAGCUCGACACGAAUCUGGCCAGCUCCAGCUCCCGCAGUCGGUUCAUUGAGCGGUACGGCAUCGAUUCCGACGCUGCAGGCCACGCCGUCCGAGGUGCAGCCGCAUCGACUCGACGCACCCUCAACGCCCGCAUCGGUGUGUCGCUGCCCUCGACCUCUGGCGCUGAUGCAGGCAGAACAACUCACGAGCUGGUUCUCGUCGACGCCGAGGCCCUCGUCGGCAUGCAGAGGGCAGGUGGCGGGCCUUACGAUACCCGUACGCCACCGGCCCAUCAGGGGCAGCUCGAUGGCCCUCUGCUCGACGAGGCACGGACGGCCUUUCCCGACACCUUUGACUUUAUCGAGCGUAUCGCCAAUGAGUCGACAUCGCCCGCCCGCAUCCUGUUCAGCCACGUCCCGCUCCAUCGGCCCGACGCUUCGCGCUGCAACCAUCCCGUUGGCUCAACGCGUCAUCGCGUCUUGCGCGAAGCCCCGCGGCCACUCCACCAGGACACUGAUCGAGCUUCGACCUACCAGAACCUGCUGGGACCAGAGAUAUCGCAUUGGCUCUUGGCCCAGAUCGACCCAGUCGCCGUCUUCAGCGGGGACGAUCACGACCAUUGCGAGGCCACGCAUCGGCGCGUCUCGGAGCGUCUGCGACAAGGGCCGGUCCAGGGCUUCGAGCCCGGCGAGAUCCCGGAGCUGACCGUCAAGUCCCUCUCUAUGACUGAAGGCGUUAGGCUGCCGGGUUUUGCUCGGCUCAGCCUCUUUACUCCACACUCCGGCGAGGGCCUUAGCGCGGCAUACAGACCCUGCCUCAUGCCCGAUCAGAUCGGCAUCUGGACCCAAGUCUACGUUCCAGCGUUUCUGCUCAGUUUGGGCGUCCUCUUUGCCCUGCGCAAUUUCUCCGGUCGGGGCCGGCUGCACGAUCUUCUGCCUACCUCCUCCUCGAUGGUUGGCCACAAGGAGGCGGACAUGAUGAGACGGUCGGCGCAGCGCAAAGCCAAGCGUAGGGAUAGCCACGAUGACGCCGAAGAAGGAUUGCUUGGCGCGGUCCCUAGCGGUGCGAACGGGACCGCGGGCGGUAGUUGGCUGAAGGAUCUGGGCGCCGUCUGCAUCAUCGCGAUUCCCUUUUGGCUCGUCUUUCAGGCUGGCCUGUUGUAG